AUGACCUCUGAGCAGGUCCCGCCCCCAUUGGCGGCCGCUCGCACUCACUCACCCCGGUCCAGCCAUGACCUCGUCACCGUCAUCUUCACCAGCUCGCCAACACCCUCGGCACCCUCAACCGAACUGUUGUCAUCCAUUAUCUCCUCUUUCCAGAAAUAUUGCGCUCCCCUGACCAGGUGCAGGGUCAUCUUGGUUCUCGACACCUACGACCGUAUUGCUGGUGACUCCCGGCUCAAGAAAGGGACUGUCACUGCCGAGGGGGCCAAAAAGUUCGCCGAGUACAAGGAGAACGCCAAGAAACUCAUUCUCGACGAGUAUUCGCGGAGCUAUGGCGGGGCUGAGCAUGCCUGCUACAACGACGAGCUCAUCAUCACCGAGGGAGAGGCCGAGUUCGGCUCAGUGGCCUAUGCGCAACAGCACAACGCCGUGACCCUUACCAUCACCAGAACCAAAGAUGGGCGCAUCACUUUCAUUGAGCCUCAUGCGCGGGUUGGAUUUGGGCUGGGCGUGCGCUCGGCCCUACGGCUUACCGAGACGCCCUACGUUUGGAUCCAGCAGCAUGACUGGGCGCUCGUUGCCGACAUCCCCUUGGCACCUCUUCUCGAGAUCAUGCAGCAGUCCGAGUCUGCACCGGAGUCUGCUGAUUCCUCUGAUUCCGAAACGACGGAUGGACAAGAGCCUCGAACGACCUCAGACGUACCGGUCAAGUAUGUCUGCUUUCCUUCGACUCGGAUGGUGUCCUACGCCAAGUCGGACCAUGUUAUGCUCUACCCGGCACUCCGAGCCUUGACGAACCUGUACAAGCAGAACUUCUCGGUGGGAAUCGGGAGUACGAGUGUUAAAAUCCCUCUUACGCCGCUCUUUUUCUGGCACGACAAGCCACACCUGGCCUCGACGGCACAUUACCUAUCCCAAAUCUUUCCCAGCCGCGCUGCCAUGUUGAGGGGCGCCUUCAUCGAGGACACAGCUGGUCAACGAGCGAGGACGGAGAUGAAAGACGGGCUAUGGAGGAAGUGGGCUUGCUGGCUGUACUACCCUGAGGAGGGAACAAAGCUGUGUGUGCGACACCUUAAGGGGAGAACGUGGCGGGGAACGGAUGGCGAGUUGGUGCAAAGGAUGCAGUACAUGCGACUCAACUCAUACAAUGCCUAG